AUGGGUAGUGGAUAGAAUCGAUAAUAAAAUGUACCAAUUGUGUUUCUUGAGAAUCAUAAAAAUGUUGGCAGUUAUAGAUUUGUAUAGAAUCAGAGACUAAAUGUUCCAAAAGCAUAUUUAAAAAUAGAAUCAAAUUAUUCUAAGAUUGAGAGAUUAGAAACAAUCAAUAGUGCUGUUAUUCAUGGUGUAGUUGGACUCAGGAAUCUUGGAAAUACAUGUUACUUUAAUACUGCGAUCCAUUGCAUCAUUCAUACUCAACCACUUGUAGACUAUUUUCUUUCAAAAGCUUAUAAAAUAAAUUCUUCUUGCUCAACUUCAGGUAAUAUCACAAAAGCUUUAUUAUCUUUAAUGGAAUAAAUAUGGGAUGAUUAAAAUUGUUUUGCAGAAUCUAAGGAAUUUAGGUUCCCUGCAUCAGUUUAAAAACCUAAACCUUAUAAUAAAUGUAUAAAUCCAAUAAAACUUUUAAAUCUCUUACAAAAGUAUAGCAAACGAUUUGCAUUAGGAGGUAAUCAAAUUCUACUUAUAUGUCAGAUUAGGAAGAUUGUUAAGAAUUAUUGUCUUAUCUUCUUGAUUUAUUACAUUAAGAAUUAAAUAGAUCCUAACCAAACUCUAAAAUUGUAGUUAAAGAUUAUAUAGGAUAAUAAAUUAAUCCUCAAUGGGCUGCAGAUAGUUGGGGGGAACAUUUAAAGUUAAAUAGAAGCAUUAUUGUAGAUUUAUUCUAAGGAUAAUUAAAAUCUACUUGCCAAUGUUCAGAAUGUGGUUUCUAAAGUCAUAAAUUUGAACCUUUUCUUUUCCUUAAUCUUCCUAUCCCUAAAUAAAACGUUUCUAUUUAUAAAUGUUUAGAUUUAUUUUAAUAAUCAGAACUUUUAUCUGGUUCUUGUUAAUGGAAAUGUCCUCAUUGUAAAAUUAAUAGGGAUUUCAAAAAGUAAAUACAACUUUGGAAAUUACCUAAUUAACUUAUCAUUCAUCUCAACAGAUUUGAAUUCAAUCAUAAAAAACCAAUUAAACUUAAUACUCUAAUAGAAUUCCCAUUAGAAUUAGAUAUGGGAGACUAUUGUGUUGAUUAAGCUAUUUCAUGUUAUUAACUAUAUGCAGUAGCAUAACAUGAAGGUUCUUCCUAUGCUGGACAUUAUGUAGCUCUUUGCAAAGCUUAGAAUAAUAAUUGGUUUAUGUAUAAUGAUGAACAAAUUUAUCGAGUUUAAGACAUUCAAAAAAUGAUUUAAAAUGAAUAUGCUUAUAUGCUAUUUUACUAAAGAUAUGAUAACAUCUAUAGAUAAACAUUAAACAAACCAGAAGCAUGGCCACAUUUUAGGUUACCAAAAAUUGCAUAAACAACUAAUCUAAUGGUUCAAACAGAUAAGAAAUAACAAUUCUCCAGUCCAUUUUAAUAAGAAUCAAUACUUUUUGAUAAUCAAACAGGAGUAAUAACUUAAUUAAAAUCAUAAUAAGAUAUUAAAUACAACUCUAUUGCAUGA